ACGGAGGAGGGGGGAGACACAGCUAGAAGAGAGAUAAGAACCAGACUUGUCUAUGGUUCGGGCUGCAUCGGCUUCUAGCCUACAGAAAGCUAGCGCGUUAGCUUCACCCUGAAAACAAUGAAUCACACAUCCACGGCUACCUACACAACAGUAGUAUGAUUGGUUUGGAUAGGGUUGACAAGGAAAGCACGGACACCGACAUAUUUCUGUUCUUUUAACAACGGAUUCGUUAUCCUCCCCGCUCGAGUCGGGCAAAACCACCGUUCGCGAUGGGUAAGGAGGUGAACGGGGUCUCGCGGAGUCGGUUUGAGAUGUUCUCAAACAGCGAUGAGGCUGUGAUCAAUAAGAAGCUGCCCAAGGAGCUGUUGCUUAGAAUUUUCUCUUUCCUGGAUGUGGUGACGCUGUGUCGGUGUGCACAAGUUUCCCGGUCGUGGAACGUGUUGGCUCUGGAUGGCAGUAACUGGCAGCGCAUUGACCUCUUUGACUUCCAGAGGGACAUUGAGGGCCGUGUAGUGGAGAAUAUCUCGAAGCGGUGUGGGGGGUUUCUGCGAAAGCUGAGUCUCCGAGGGUGUCUGGGCGUCGGAGACAGUGCACUCAGAACUUUUGCACAGAAUUGCAGAAACAUCGAGCUGCUCAGUCUCAAUGGCUGCACCAAGAUCACUGACAGUACAUGUAAUAGUCUGAGUAAGUUCUGUCCCAAACUGAAGCACCUGGAUCUUGCCUCCUGUACCUCAAUCACCAACUUGUCACUGAAAGCACUUAGUGAGGGAUGUCCUCAGUUGGAGCAGUUGAACAUUUCCUGGUGUGACCAGGUCACUAAGGACGGGAUACAGGCCCUGGUGCGAUGCUGCCCUGGACUCAAAGGCCUCUUCCUCAAAGGCUGCACUCAGCUGGAAGACGAGGCUCUGAAGCACAUCGGAGCUCACUGUCCAGAACUGGUCACACUCAACCUGCAAACAUGUUCGCAGAUCACAGACGAAGGCCUGAUCACAAUUUGUCGAGGGUGUCAUCGCUUGCAGUCCCUUUGUGUGUCUGGCUGUGCAAACAUCACAGACGCCAUCCUCAACGCGCUGGGACAGAACUGCCCGCGCCUCAGAAUACUAGAAGUGGCUCGCUGCUCCCAGCUCACAGAUGUGGGCUUCACCACACUAGCACGGAACUGUCAUGAGCUGGAGAAGAUGGACUUGGAGGAAUGUGUGCAGAUCACAGAUGGGACACUCAUACAGCUGUCAAUCCACUGCCCUCGUCUUCAGGUUUUGAGUCUCUCCCACUGUGAGCUGAUCACAGACGACGGCAUAAGGCACCUGGGCAGCGGGCCGUGCGCCCACGACCGACUGGAGGUGAUCGAGCUGGACAACUGCCCUCUGAUCACAGACGCCUCGCUGGAGCACCUGAAGACCUGCCAUAGCCUGGACCGCAUCGAGCUGUACGACUGCCAACAGAUCACACGCGCCGGCAUCAAGCGCUUGAGAACUCACCUGCCCAAUAUUAAAGUGCACGCCUACUUCGCUCCUGUGACUCCACCCCCAUCAGUCGGCGGCAGCCGCCAGAGAUUUUGCCGCUGCUGCAUCCUGCUAUGAUGUUACCACGACAACCACUGCACCAGGAUUACCUGACCCCUGAACCCAGGUGCACGUGGCGCCGUGCCCCUGAAGAAGCUGCUGUGAGCAAAACGGAUGGCUACAGAGAGAGAGAGAGAGAGAGAGAGAGAGAGAGAGAAAGAAAGAGAGAGUACCACUUUUAUAUAUACAGUACACACACAAACACACACACACAAACACACUCCAGACCAGUACAGACCUGCACAGUAAAUGCAGACCUUCUGUGCACACAUCUGCGCUCACACACACACACACACACACACACAUGCACACACACACAGUAACUGCAACGCCACUACAUUCCUGCUCUUCCAGGGCUGCGUUCAUGAUCAGUGGCUACUUUCUUGAGGGCUUCCUCAGCGAGUCCUGAAGGCUUGGCCAGCCUCAAACACACCGGCCGUGAUCCACCCUAAUCAGAUUACCCAUAAACCACUGCACUGGGUGGCCACACAGACACGCGGGCCACCCGACCCAACCACCCAAACCACUUUCACAUGGAGUAAGCCCAAUCCAACCAUGUAUGAAGCGUGCUUCUUUUAAAAUGAGUGCAGUCCUAAUCGGGCCUUUCUAGAGAAAAAAACAAAAUGGUUGGUGUUGAGUGGCAACAUUAUUUUGUGAUUACGGAACUUGACCUAUCUACCCACUACGUAGUAUAUGCUGAUCUGUCAGCUGUUACUAUGGGCCUUCCUGCUCCUAGUGGAACCCCCAAAUUAAAUGACGUUGAUGGGUUUAUGUUACUCCGAAGAAACCACUGAACCACAGCUUUAGGCAACCCCAGAAUUCCCGAAGUGUCAUCAGUGUGAAUCUGUGAAUCAGUUGAGCACUACCUCUGCACAGCAAUGCAUGGAGAGAAGAUGGGGGGGGGGGGGGGGGGGCGGUCAUGUUGACAUGUUUUCACCUCCUGAACGCAGCCCUGGUGUCGUUUACAGCGACUAAACUGCCUUCUAACUUUGUUAUUCUACACACACACACGCACACACACACACACACAUACACAUGCAUACACCCAGAUGCACACACAGUCUCCACAUACUUAUCUGGAUGUGUUUUGUCUAGUCACUGUAAGACACUGCCCUCAAACCGACAUGUUACUUCAAGCCCUUCCAGCUCCAUUAUGGACACGCAUCAGUCCGCUGGACACUGGCACACAUCCCUACACACACACACACACAAACACACACACUCACAAACACUUCAACACCUUCUCAUGCUGUAUAGUAUUCCUAGUUUAAAAGACAUGCAGUUGCACAUAUAGCACCACUCUCCAUGCCCCCAGCCCUUCUCUGGCUCUCUCGCUCUCUCACACUCUCUGUCUCCAUCAAAUUCAGAGGCUGUGUGGUUCUUCUGAAGAAAGAAAGUUGACUAUUUUUCUAAAGCGUUGUGACUUGGACGAGGGACCUCGCAAAAAGAUGCCAAAAGAUGCAUGAUGUUACGGAUUUAGUUUUUUAAAAUCUACACCUAUAUACGGAGGCGCUGGGAGGGAGGGGCUUAAGACCCCAUGACUAGCUAAUCAGAUGACGGCAAAGAGAAGAACUUCAAGAUGGCAGGAGGACAAAAAUGAACUCUGAACUGAACUUCAAGACAGCACACACAAACAAACACAUUCAAAUCGACACAUACACUGACACACACACACACACACACACACACACACACACACACACACACAGGAGCACGUUUGCACACACUGGAUCUGAGUAGAGAAAUGUGUUUGUUUAUGUGUGUCUACACAGAUGAGGAUCUUGUCUGGCAAAAAAAAAAAAAAAAACAGCUCGCACAUCCUCACACUUGGAUCUUUGGAGACUUUACCCGAACCAACAAGACUCAUGAUGAUGAUGAUGAUGAUGAUUACAACAGAAUAAUUAUGAAAAAAGCAAAUAAAUAAAUAAACACAUACAUAAAUAAUGAAUGAGUAACUAUAACAAGAAUCGGACAUCCAUCACGGUUGUCAUGGAUACAAACAUAAGAGGGCAAAAAAACAACUGAUCAUGGGAAAAAAAACAAUCGUUUGUUUCUUUUUCUUUUUGCUCCAUUAAGGUUUUACGUCUUUUUUUUUUUUCUCUUUUUUUUUGUCUGAACGUUGAAACUUUGCAACCACGAUCCGCAUAAGGAGAGGACCUAUUUGACAGAGGGGUGUGUGUGUGUGUGUGUGUGUCUAUCUGCGCAUGUGGUGACAUGUAGUCCCUUCCUCUUUUUUCCCAAAGCCCCUUUGGACGCUGUGAAAUCCCAGUAUAGUGCUGGACUCUCCAACUGGAGCAAACUGGAAUCAGUGGCAAGGACUUUGGCUGAGAUCAUUGGACAAGGGGAGAGGGAGGGGUGGCACGGUGGAACUUGCGCUGAAAGUGAAACCUACUCAACCCAGUCACUUUCACGCACCCACACGUACCCUCCCACAACAGCCCGCUCGCUCACUCAAUCACACAUACACACACACACUCUCUCACAAACAUUAGAGGGAGAUUGGGAUAUGCUGCCUUGACUGCAGUCCACUCUCCCUCCCUGGUCUUUCCCACACCCCACCCCACCUUCUCUUCCAUGGAUCUAAUGUUCUUUAGUUGAUUGGUUGGUUUGUUUUUUUGGGUUCAUUUCGUCAGUCGUGUCUGUUGUUCCCACUCUUGGUGGAUUACAGUUGGUUAACUGAAGUGUCCGUGUCUGUGUGUCGGCCUGUUUGUCUUUGUUCAGUCUACCUUGACACCCUGUAUGGUUCAUUUACAGCUCCGUCGUCCCCAGAGAGGAGUGCUUGCCACCCCUUUCUCUGUUAGUGCUUCACAACCGUGUGAGAUUGCGUGUGGGAUUUUAUCAGUGGACUGAAAACUAAAACACAAGUUGGAAUCCGGGUGGAUGUGAACUCUUGCGGGUUUUGUGGAAAUGUACAAAAAAAAAAACUUUAUUCAAGAUGAUUCUCUUGACACUUUCUGGAAACUGAUGGACAGUUAAAAAAAACUCGUGUGGAUUUUUAUGUCAAAUAAUGCAUGACAAUUGCACUUUCUCAAAAAAAAACAACUUCACUCACACACCAUUUUUAAAGCCCCAUGCCCUUGUGUCGACACCCAAACAGACAGACACACACACACACAUACACACAGAGACAGAGAAACACUAAAGCUUUCGUUUCUUUCAGGCUCCUACUACAUGCUGGCUCUCACGCUUGCCUUGUCAUAUACUGAUGCAAAGACGCACAUGUGAGCAUAGAAGCAAACUAAUGCACACACACACUGUCACAAGCCGAGAGAGAACACACGCACACAUACAGCGCCCCUCUCGUUUGUUUUUUAAGUUUUUAAUAUUCUUUUGCAAAUGGUGUGGUGUCUGAUUUUGUGUUUGUCCAAGCAGCUUUUAUUCUGACCUCCGACCCAUCUGUCUCCUGGCAACCUGGUGUUUUUGGUUCUUUGUGUAAAUGUUAAAAGCGGCCAUUUUGGAUGGAGGAGUUGUGUUGUGGGGGGUUGGGGCGGGUGGGCAUGGGAUGCAUCUGAAGAAGUCUGCUGGCGUUGAGUGUUCUGACCCAGGCCAAGGACACUUGGUGCGUGUGACAGUGCGUGUGACGGCGCGUGCGUGCGUGCGCGUGUGUGUGUUCUUGAGGGAGGGUGGUGGGUGGUCACAUUUAUGGUGACCCGAAGAAGUGUAUCCUGAGUAGUCACGACCCUACGGAGGUAAAAGCAAAUUCAAUUUUGACAAUGACUGUAGUUGUUAUAAUUACCGUAAAUCUUCUCCUUUUACUUUUUCAUUUUUUUUUGGUUUUCUUUUCUUUUUUUCUUUUUCUUUUUUUACAAUUAACGGAUAUAAAUGAAUCUGUAUGUAUGAAUAAAUAUAUAACUAUAUUAUUAA